CUUUCCAUAUCUAACUUUCAUCGCCGUUAAUCUCACCAGAUAUUCUGCUAAACAGAAGUUUUAUUUGUUUUCUUCUUCUAAUGGAUCCCAUCGAGUCUGAGAGCAGGAAUCAGGGACAGAUGGAGAUUCAAUAUAUUGGCCACGAACAUCCUUUGGUUUUCAUCCAAGAUCGGAUUGUUUCCAGUAGAGAAGAAGAUUGCUUUGUGUGUGGGAAAGCUCUAGAGGGGUGGAGCUACAGCUGCAAAGAAUGUAAGUUUUAUCUUCAUAAGGGAUGCGCCCAGUUAGAUUUAAUACCCCCGCUCAACUAUCCUUUCCACCCCCAACACCCUCUCACCCUUUUACCGAAAUCAACAUACAGAUGUAAUUUGUGUGGUUGGUUAUGUCGGGAUUAUGCUUAUCAUUGUGCUACUUGUGAAUUCGAUCUGCACAUCAAGUGUGCUUUGCUUCUUUCAUCCACGUCUGCAAAUUUUCCUGUUUCUUUCCACCCUCAUCCAUUGUUCUUCAUUCCAAACCAUGACGAUGAAGUCAGAUAUGAUUGUUCCGGCUGUAGGAAACCAUUAUCUGGUCCAAUUUACCACUGCCUCGAUUGUUCCUAUCCGUCGCACUUUAACCUCCAUAAGGAAUGUGGUGAACUACCCCUUGAGAUUAAUCACUCAUUAGACCGUAAGCACCCUCUUACUCUCUUGCCAAAAUCACCUACUCAUCCUGACAGCUGUAGUUGCAAUUUGUGCGAAAUCCCAUGGAACAGGUUUGUUUAUUCUUGCUCCCUUUGCAACUUUGAUCUUUCAAUUGAUGAUGUUUUACAACCACCAACUAUCAUCACUCAUCCAAGUCACGAACACCCAUGGACACUUAUGUUAAGGAAAAUGUCAUUUAUUUGUGACUUUUGUGGCACUGCUGGAGAUCACUCCCCCUAUCUUUGUACCAUAUGUAAGUUUGUUGUUCACAAGAAGUGCAUUUCAUUCCCACGCAAGAUCAUGCUAACUCGACACCGUCAUGUGAUUUCUCAUUCAUAUUCUCUUCGACAAAAUCAAGUUAAAGAUUGGACGUGCAGAAUUUGUUACGAGGAGGUUGAUACGAGCUAUGGCAGUUACUGUUGUUUUGCUUCUAAUUGUCAUUAUAUUGCUCAUGUAAAUUGUGCAACUGAUCCUGAUAUUUGGGAUGGAACAACUACCCCGGAAGACUAUGACGAGAGCUCCAUGGAAGAACUGCAUGAAUCUUCAAACUUGAUUACUGAUGUUGUUGAACAAAUAAGUAUUGGAGAGCAAAUGGUAUCAAGUGAGAUUAAACAUGCUUACCAUGAUCACAGUUUAACACUGACUUUUGGAGGCGAGAUCCACUAUGACAGUCAAUGUGAAGCGUGCAUGAGGUCUAUCUCAGUUCCUUUUUAUAGUUGUGAUCGAUGCAAGUUUUUUCUUCAUAAAGAUUGUGCGGAAUUGCCUAGAACAAUGCGACAUCCAUUCCACAAGCAUGUGCUUACGAUUACAAACUCAUGUAACUUGUUUGAUUUUUUCUAUUGCCAUGCUUGUAGUCAUGCAUGUAAUGGAUUUCGCUACCAAUGCUACAAUAAGGAUUGCCAAUACAGGAAAAUCAAAUUUGACGUUCGAUGUAUGGUAUUAUCGGACACCUUGAAGCAUCCAAGUCAUGAGCAUUCACUCUUUCUUGUCCAUAAGUUUGCAGGGAGUUGUAGUGGUUGUCUCAGUGAAGUACACUUAAGGAACAAAAUUGCAUAUAGAUGCAUGAAGCGUUGUGAUUUCAUUUUAGACGUAUAUUGUGCGACAUGGCCCCUUAGUGCUUGGUACAAGUAUGACAAGCAUGCCCUCACUCUGACUUAUUAUGAUGAUUCUGAUCCUUCUCAACUUUAUUGUGAUCUCUGUGAGAAUGAAAGAAGACCAAAUGACUGGUUUUACUAUUGUGCUGAUUGUGAUAAUUCUCUUCAUUCCAACUGUGCUGUUGGAGGUGUCCCAUAUAUGAAGAUUGGAAACAAACUUCAUACUGAUUUUCAUCUGCAUCGACAUCCACUCACUGCUGUGAAAAACAUCUGGAAUUGCCCUUCCUGUAAGGUGUGUGGUGAGCAUUGUAAUGGGCAAGCCCUCCAAUGUAAAGAACCUGAUUGCAAUUUUACUGUCCACUGGCACGAGAAAUGCCUUACUUCCCGGCUACUUGAAUGAUAUUCUGCUCAAGCUUAUGAAACAGAGGUGACAACGUGUGUAUCAGAUUGGACAAUAAUGUCUCAUGGCCUUUGUCUUUCAUGUCUGAUUUUUCAUUAUGUUCAAGGACUUGUCGUUGUUUAGCUCCAACAUGAUUUGUAACAAGACAUGUAUUUCA